AUGAGCGAAGGCCUCGCCUCCGCCCCAGGCUCAUGCGAGCUGGGUGUUUCCUGUGUCUCUCAGUCCGGGUUUGGAGACUGCAGUGUCUUCCAGCUUUUCAUGGAAGAGAUAUCAGGAGAAAGUGUGGUGAGCUCAGCAGUACCAGUGGCUGCGACCCACACCACUUCGUUCAAGGGCACGAGCCCCAGCUCCAAGUACAUGAAGCUGAACAUGGGCGGAGCCCUGUACUACACCACCAUGCAGACGCUGACCAAGCAGGACACUAGGCUGAAGGCCGUGUUCAGCAGGUGCAUAGAGAUGCUCACGGACAGUGAAGGCUGGAUCCUCAUUGACGAGUGUGAGAAGCUCUAUGGUACGAUACUCAAUUACCUUUGUGACGGGGCGGUCCCCUUGCCCGAGAGCCACCGGGAGACUGAGGAGCUGCAGGAAGAAGCCAAGUACUAUCUGGUCCAGGGCCUGGUGGAAGAGUUCCAGGCAGCCCUGCAAAACAAAGAUACUUAUGAGCCUUUCUGCAGAGUUCCUGUUAUCACCUCAUCCAAGGAAGAACAGAAACUUAUAGUGACUUCAAAUAAGCCAGCCGUGAAGUUGCCCUACAACAGAAGUAACAACAAAUACUCGUAUACCAGCAAUUCUGACGACAAUAUGUUGAAGAACAUUGAACUGUUUGAAAAGCUGUCUCUGUGCUUUGAUGGAAGGGUCCUGUUCAUAAAGGAUGUCAUUGGGGAUGAAAUCUGCUGCUGGUCCUUCUACAGCCAGGGCCACAAGAUCGCUGAAGUCUGCUGUACCUCUAUCGUCUACACCACGGAGAAGAAACAGACCAAGGUGGAGUUCCCCGAAGCCCGGAUCUAUGAGGAGACCCUGAAUAUUUUGCUGUAUGAGGCCCAGGAUGACCGGGGACCUGACAGCGUGCUUCUGGAGGCCACAGGUGGGGUGGCCGGUUGCUCCCACCACCUGGACGAGGAUGACGAGCGGGAGCGGAUCUACAUUGCCCAGAUCUGUUGA